AUGAGUACUAUAACUGUUGCCAACACUGUGGAUCCUGACGAUGAAUAUAGAUCUCAGUUAUCAAAAAUUAUUCAACUUUUUCAAGAUUAUAACCCAGGUAAAAUAACACAGCAAAAUAUAACCAAUAUUUGCAAUAUCUUAAACCUUGAAACUUUUGUGGACACAUUGACUGAGGAACAUCAAGAAGAUGAAACAGAAAUGCUAAAACAACAACAACAACAACAACAACCAACACAAGAACGGGAGACAACUGCAGUAAUACCUACGAAAAAUGUGAUAAGACUAUCAAUUGCUUCCAAAAUUAUUGUCAUAGAUAUAGAUUUUGUAAUUAACUCAGAAAAUACAAGCCGUUUUACUAAUUCUGUUAAAGAUGCUAAAUUAGUAUUAGCAUCCAAUUUUGAUAACUUUAACUAUUUCAACCCAUCCAAUAAAGAAACCAAUAAGACUAGUAAUAUUAUCUAUAAUUCCUUGAAAUUAUAUGAUAACCUAGUCAAAUUCUACCAAAAUUUAAAAUUUUUAACUUUAUUGGAUAAAUAUUCAAGCACUGGUAUUGAUGACUUGAAUACUAAUACUACUACUACUACUACUGGAAACAUAAAUGGGACCACCAACACAUCUUCCGAAACCAACAAUGCUAUUAAUUUUACCUCAAAUUCCAUCAAUAAUACCGGCAACACUUUUACACACACAGAUGGGUUUGACUUGUUCAAAUAUUUUACAAUGCUAGAAUCAUAUUUAAGACAUUGUUUUGAAAAAUUUCCUAAUUUAGAAGUAGUAAGCAAUUAUAAUGAUUUAUUUGGUAUUUAUUUCAUGAGAAAAUCACAAACACCUUUGCUAAAGUUGACAUUUGAAGAAGUAAACGAUUCUUCUAGCAGUGAUAACAUAAAACCAUUAUUAGAAUUUGAACACAAACAUGGGGAAUGGUAUUGCCCAUAUCCAAAUAAAAGUAUAAGCGGAAUUUGUUUAGUACUACAAGUUUUAGAUGAAAAUCUAAUGUUUACUGAUAACUUAAUUGCUAAAGAACUAUUACUACCUUCAUCUUUAUCAAUUUCUCAUCCGGAGCAAGUCACAGAUAAUGAUAUAUCAUUGAGUAACCAUGGUGAUACCGUUAAUACCCAUAAUAAUAAUAACAAUAAUAAUAAUAAUAAUAAAAAUAAAAAUAACAACGGUAAUAAGGUUACUUCGCUUACCACAGCUACAAGUGGAGCUAAUGAUAAAUACGUGGAAAUUACAUUUACAAGUAAGUUUUACAAAUAUAAGAAAUUUAAUAUUAGUAAUGAAAAUUUGAAUUAUUUGACUGAUAUAGUAAAAUGGAUUUAUUGGUAUGAUACUGUUUUAAAGCCUUUUAUAUCAGGCGAAUUACCUAAAAAAGGCAAUGUUGGUAUUUCGGGUACAAACAGUAUGAAAAACAGUGCUGUUAAUCAUAAAGGUGGUAGAAGACCUAGCACGAAUGUAAUGCAAGAAGAAGGCAUUCAACAAAUAAGUUUACAUGAUAUUAUACGUGAUAAUGUAAAGGCUGGAAAUGAUGGUGCAAAUAUGGGUAUUGAUAAUGAUAUUAUCAUGGAAGAUGAUGAAUUAGACAAUACAAAUAUUGACAACAAUCGCAAAAAAAUAUUAAUAUCUGAAGAUUAUGUUUUUAAGGAUGGUUAUGGCUCUAUUUCGUUUUAUGACCACACUGAUGAUGUCCACAAUGAUUUAAUUAUUUGGAAAGAGUUUAUGGAUAAGAUAUAA